GAACUUAUCAUCACUACAAUUUACUCAUUUUGCACAUAUCUGUUUAGGGAUUAAACACGAAUGUGCCAAUGUAAAAUUAACCCCCAGUCGAAUAUUUCGGUAUUUCUGCACUCGCCGGGUAUGGGUGUGUGUUUCUUUAAGCAAGUUGUGCGAAGUCUAACUCAAACACAUAGCCCACACACGUGGAGAACUGUCGCUAUUGAACACUCAAACACUUAAGAGCCAAUGAAUGCUCUUUGACGCCUUGGGAAUCACGUGACGUCCUACUCUGACUCUUAUUGGUCGCUGAGUAAUUAUGUCAGGCCCUGCUGGGGUUGCACUUUAUUUAGGUCAGACAUCUCAAUCUGUAUGUGGCUGAGAUUAUAAAACUUAAUUUUUACAGUUUAGUAAACAAUUCCUUAUCGCUUGUUUCAAGAGCAGUUUUUUUUUUUUUUUUUUUUACAGUUUCGCAGGGUGGCUUGUAAUAGAAAUAUAGCUUAUGAGAAAACUACACGUCGUUUAGAAAUGCCUUUACAGCUGAUCAAUGAAGGAUCAAACACUUUGACUAUCAGGUCAAUGAAUCACUCCAGCAGUGUAAUUUAUAUAUCCGCUUAUUACUGAAACAAAUGCCUACACAAACUUCUCAGAAAUACCUACAGUGAAAAAGCACACAUUAAAAAGUUAAUGCAUUUUAAAUACCUCGAAAUACUAUUCAGAACCUGUUUUUUUUUUUUUUCAGGGCUAGAUCCUACAUCCUAUAUGAGCGAUGUGCUCAUGUUACAAACUAGGAAGUGACGCUUGAAAGUCCCCCCCCCGCGCAUGAAGGCAGAGAGUACAGAAGAAGUGCUACGCGAAUUACUGAGGUUGUCACCCAUGAACACACAACAGAAAUUAAGUUCCUGGAGUUUCAAAUUGCCUUGAUUCACUAGGAAUAGAAGAAGACUUGGUACUAAGGAAAGCAAUAGACAUGUUUGAGGGUCUGUCAGUUGACACUGUGAUUUCUGCUAAUGGGAUGCUGCAGUUUUGCAUUUUAAAGCUGACUUCCGUUCCAACUAUGCUUAGCAGAUUUGGAUGACCACAGACUCUUCAAAGCCUCUAACUACAUUUGUGAACAAAGAGGGACAUAGACAGUUAAUCACACUGGAGAGAGCUUGGUGUGGUUUGGAGGUUUGAACUCUUCUUUACCCCUCCACGAGCUCACUCCAGCCCUCUCUUACCACCAAUAUUCAUGAUAGUCAUGAGUUUGCCAGCUCAACAGAAAGCCAACACAAAGAGGACAGGCAAACGCAUCACUUUCUUUAACGACCAGGGCGUUGCAAUGAAAGAAGCUUCUCAGCGCACGGAGGGCUCCUACUAUGGCAUGGGGGCCCCUCCCUCGGAGUCAGACCACAAUGACUCUGCGAGUGUGGAAAGCUCCACUGCUGAUGCACCACAUAUGUUUCUCAAUUCUGUAAUUUUCAGCCCAGAGAAGGGCAGCCAGAACCGGGGCCAUUACCAACAGACUAUGGCGAUGAAGUGGCCACACCAGGAGCUAUCCCAGCAACCUCAGCAGAGACCUGCAGCCUGGUCUCAGGGUGUCACAACGACCUGGGCUCAGAACUAUGCUCCAUACCUGGGAGCACAGACUGGAUUUGUGAAGCAGGUACCUGACGGCAUUGGAAUACCACAGCAGCAGCCAGCUGCCAUCAGGAUGGCCGAAAAGCAACAACAGACACCUAACACAGGCAGUGAAGCCUUUAGGGAUGCUUCUAAAGCCAGCAGUGGUCUGGACUGGGAGCAACAGCAACAAGCCUAUCAGCAGGGUCACAAUCCUGCACUUUUCAAUCCCCAGCAGAAUGUGACAUCCACCACUGGGAGCACAUCAGUGCUUCAGCCCUUUCGAUUAGCUUUCGGGCAGCCCAGGCAAAACUUGGCAGCAGGCUAUUAUCAGGUAUUCCAUGGUAACAGAGCCCUGCAAAAUGCGAAUUUUGUAAACAGCACCCAAACAAAUUCCCAGAACCGAAUUCAGCAGCAACUUCAGCAGCAGCAGCACCAACAACUGCAGCAGCAGCAAAUCCAAAGACUGAUGCUCCAUAAACAGCAAAUUCAGCAGCAAACACAACAGCUAGUACAUCACCAACAAAUACUGCAACAUCAACAACAGUCGCAACAAUUGGCGCAAUCGCAACAGACACAGCCACAACAAGAAGUACAGCAUUUAAACCAGAUCCAGCAGCAGUCGAUACAAAUGCCACAACAGAUACAAAUACAACAGCAAGCACAGCCACUACAACAGCAAUUGCAGCAAUUGCAAAAAUCUCAGCAGCAGACAGCGCAACAGCCCCAAUCAUUAAACCAGCAAAAUGUCGAACAGAUACAAAAGCUGCAGCAGAAUCAGCAAGUAGUGGAAUAUUCAUCCGCAGGAAAACAACCACAAUCGCUUCCCCAACUCGACCAAUCAACAGGGCAAUCCCAGGACACACCUGAAUCAACACAGCCCCAGGAAAAUGCUCCGCAGUGCCCUCCAGUCCUUCCUCAGGCAUCUGCUGAGACACAGCAACCUGGACCACGGAGGUCUCGACGCCUCUCCAAAGAGGGCGGAGGACAGGCAACAGAGAAUCCUGUCCUUAUGCCUGCUGAGCAACAGACUCAGGGCUCUCAUAAUGGAGCCACUGAUGCAAGCGAAGCUGGAGCCAAGCAGGCCAUCCGAGCUGCUCCUACAGGAGUCAUCCAGAGCACGCGGCGAAAGAGGAGGGUGUCCCAAGAAGCCAACCUGGAGACGUUGGCUCAGAAGGCCUCCGAGAUGGAGUCCUUACCUUCACACACAGUCAAGGAGUCUCACAGGUCCUGGAGCCCCCCGGCGUCAGGCCCCGGUCGAGGGGUUGGAGAGAUGGAGGGUUUGAGUGCCAAACGUGUGAGAGAUGAGGGCCUGGUGCCUCUGGUGAUCCCAGUGUCGGUUCCUGUACGGCGCGCAGACCCCACUUCUUUGGACCAGGAGCAAACCUCUCUCUCAGCCAGCUGGCCCCUUCGGCUCAGUGACCCAAACCGGACUGACCACAAACCCUCCGUCAUUGUCACACGCCGCCGCUCGCUGCGCAACUCUGUGUCUGAGAGCUCGAGCCAGAACGGCGGGCCUGAGCUCGGUGGCGACGUAGAUGGCAAAUCGUCCAAGGCGAAACGGCGUCCUCGGCCGGAGCCGCUCUUCAUCCCUCCGCCCAAAGUGAGCACUUUGAUCGCGCCACCCGUUUACUCUAGCAUCACGCCCUACCAGAGCCACCUUCGCUCACCAGUAAGGCUGGUUGAUAACCCGCUCACACUGCCUCCUUACACCCCUCCACCCAUCCUCAGUCCUGUAAGAGAAGGCUCGGGCCUUUACUUCUCGACCAUCCUCUCUGCUGCUGCGGCUGUCGCGGGAACACAAGGCCUACCGCCGCCCGCUACGCCCAAAUCAGCCACCCGUAGCCUCCUCCGCUCUAACAGCACUGAGAUCACUCCUCCAGUGUUGUCUGCUAUGAGCGAGGCUACUCCUGUCAGCGUUGAGCCGCGGAUAAACAUUGGGCAGAGGUACCAGGCGGAGGUGCCGGAGCUGAAGGAGCGCUCAGCUGCGCAGCUCGACCCACACAAGGCUGAGAUGGUGUGGGCGCCACUGCCUGAGCUGGAGUCCAAAGGCCAGCAGCAGGAGAGAGUGAAUGACCUAAUGCACCUGGCCUGCUCCAGUGCACUGUGUGGAGGAGGGACCAAUCAGGAGCUGGCCUUGCACUGUCUCCACGAGUGCAAGGGUGAUAUCAUGGGAGCCCUUGCCCUCCUUCUGUUGAAAAACCCCAUCUUUCCCAAAUUUCAUCCUCUGGCAGAUUACCACUACUCCGGGUCUGACAGCUGGACACCUGAGGAGAGACGCUGCUUCAACAAGGGCAUCUCUACUUACAAGAAGGACUUCUUCAUGGUGCAGAAAAUGGUAAACUCCAAGACAGUGGCUCAGUGUGUGGAGUUCUACUACACCUACAAGAAGCAGGUGAAGAUCGGCAGGAAUGGCACGCUCCUCUACGGUGAAGCAGAGCCUCCUGAAACACGGCCCCCGGAGGAGGAGGUGGACUAUAAAGGUUCACAGAGAUUUGAUUUGCGAAAGGAAGAGGAACAGGACAGGAAGUGGGAGGUAUCAGGGGACAGGAAGCGAGAGAGCAGCCCUGACAGGGUGACUCAAUCUCUACAGGCCAAUGAAAGUACUGGGGUAGUACUGGUCCUAAGGAAUCAGCAGGAUGGAAGACGGGACCAUCCAACGGUUACGGUGAGCCACGCCCCCACGGUGCCUCCUAAACCCCGGCCAGAGAGCACAGUGCGGAAGAGCGGGGUUGGGACAAAGGGCUCUGCAGGACAAGAGGGAGAAUUUCCAUGCAAAAAAUGUGGAAGGAUAUUCUAUAAGGUGAAAAGCCGGAGCGCUCACAUGAAGAGCCACGCCGAGCAAGAGAAGAAAGCGGCGGCUCUCCGGCAACGCGAGGCCGAGGAGCGUGCGGCGGCCGCUGCAGCAGCCUUAAUAGCUGCUCAACAGAAUGGAUCUCGAGGGGAGCAAGCGGCGACACGGCGAGCCAGCAGCGAGGACUCCUCAGACGAGGAAGACUCCACAGACGAUGAAGACUGGCACUAGCAAAUACUUGGGUCUCUUUUUUUGCUUGCUGGAGCUGGGACUCGUUUUCCAACACGACCUGAUGCGCUGGUCUGGCUGAGGAGGAAUAACGGGGAGAUAGAACAUGAACGUCUUCAGGGACUAACUUACUCCAUUAAUGUGUGUGUGUGUGUGUGUGUGUGUGUGUAUGGGCAUGUGCCAGAGUGUGAGUGUCAAAGAGAAGCAUUCAGGGUUUCUCGGUCAGACAUAGGGCUAUAGGGAGUACAAGCCAACGGUGUGUGUCUGUGUGUGUCUGUGUGUGUCUGUGUGUGCCAGAGAGUUAGUGUGAAAGAGAAGCAUUCAGGAUUUCUCGUUCAGACAUAGGGCUAUAGGGAGUACAAGCCAAGGGGUGUGUGUGUGUGUGUGUGUUUGUGUGUGUGUGUGUGUGUGUGUGUGUUUGUGUGGGUGGAGCGAGGGGCAGUAAAAAACACUGUCUCAAAACACAUUCAGACCCCUUACACACACUGCUCCACCUGCUUCCCCUACUCACCUACCCAGCCCAGACUCGCUUCACCUCUCUAUUAUCCGCUGUGACUCAGUGCUCCGGACUCUGCAAGACAUACAAACUGGCAAAGACAGGAGGACGGACUAAUGUCUCUCUUCAUACCCGCGUUUUUUUCCUCUUUUGAUUUUUCUAAAUGAAAUGUGUUUGAGACUCUCUCUUACGGUUGACUGCCAAAAGCUUGCACAGCUGUACUUGUGCACUAGUUUGUUUUUGUCCCCCCCCCCCCCCCCCCCC